ACGUUUAGGUCACGCCUUUUCCCGUCAAACCUUCUAUGUUUCAUAGUCCACUCGCUAAAGACAAGCCAUUCUACUCCGAUCGCUGCUUUGGAAAAGGCAGCUGAUCUCUUCCUGACUGAAGCAAUGUCAGUUUAUUUGGUGUUAUUCGUCUUCCUCGGCAUUGCCAGUACUGUUUAUGGUGACUGCCCCAGACCCACAGGUAAAGAGCACAUGCAGCUCAUCACUGAUGUCACAUUCCCAGCUCCAGAUGGCACCCAAGUCACCUUCACCUGUGAGCCGGGCUACAUGGCUAAGGGCUCUGGAACUGUCACCUGCUCCAAUGGGCAGUGGAGCAUUUUGAGGAGGAUUUGUGAAAUAAGAAACUGUGGUUCCUAUGGAGAGGUGGAUAAUGGACACGUCGAUUACAGCGAAGGCACUGAAUUUGGUGCUACUAUUCGUGCCGUCUGUAAUGAUGGCUAUACCCCAGUGCCAAAGGAUAGUACGGCUUACUGUGGAGUAAACGGCUGGGAGGACCGGAUAGCCGUUUGUGACCCGAUCUUGUGUUAUGCACCAAAUGAAAUCGCUAAUGGAUACUUCAGUCCAGUGAAUCCAUCGUACCACUACGGAGAGGUCGUCCAGUACACUUGUAAUGGAAAAUAUGUAUUAAAUGGAUCAGCGACAUUAACAUGCACAAAUGAAGUAUUCACACCUGAACCACCAAACUGUGUCUUGGUAAAUUGCAAUGCUCCUAAGGUAAAUAAUGGGGCGAUUGUGAGUGGCUCGCGUCCUCCUUACACCUACCAGUCCUCGGUCACGUUCGGGUGCAAUACCGGGUACAAAAUAAAUGGAUCCAGCACUGUUUCCUGUACUAUCAACAGCGAGUGGAGCCAAAUUCCAAAUUGCACCGAAAUUCAAUGCAACGCUCCUAAAAUCCCGAAUCUAGAAGUGGACGGUAAAGCCAAAGACAUCUACAAGUUUUACGGAAACUGUGUCGCUGAAGUGCACAGAGGGAUAUAACCUAAAAGGAGCGAGUAGCCUGACCUGUGUAGAUAACCAGAAGUGGUCUGCUGCUCUGCCUGAAUGUACAAUGAUAGAGUGCAGGGCCCCCAAAGUGGAGGGUGGGAAGCUGGUGGGUCAAACGAGCCCCUCUUAUAAGUACAAGGACUCAGUGGAGUUUGUGUGCGACAAUGGACGUGUUAUGCAAGGACAGAGUACUGUGACCUGUGACCAAAACAGUCAGUGGUCUCCCAAACUGCCAGAGUGCAUAUCAAAAAGCCACAGUAAUGGAUUAGCGAUUGGGCUCGGCAUUGUGUUUGUAAGCUUGGGCACCCAGUGGUUCCUGAAUAAUCUGUGGUAGAGCAUCUGAAGUACAGGAGAUCACCGUCGAAUGUGCUCAUAUCUCCUGGGCUUGUGAAUGGCACUUUCUUCAUUGCACCGUGGCCUUUGACCUUUGACCUGCUGUCAUCAGGUUGAGAGGUCGCACUGGACUGGACUCCAGAACACUGCUUUAUUCUGUAAAUUUUGUCAGACAUUAUGACAUUAUGUGAUCCUGUAUAUACUGUAGUGAAUAGUAAAACAAAAAAACAGUAAAACCACUUCUUUUCAGAAUAGGUUGCAUUCAUGUGACAAUGUAAACUGGACAUAAUUUGCCUUUAAACUUGCAGAUGUUGAGUUUAAUAUCUAUAAUUACAGAGGCAACCUGCAAUCAAACUGCUGUUAAGUUAUUUUUCUUUGUCAAAAAAUAACUAGGAUACAUUUUUUUUCACAAUAGUUUCAAAAACUAGUUUCAUUUAAUAUAAAACCAGACUACUGAGGUCCAAGGACAUAAAACCACAAGUUUGAUAGGUAUACAUUUGUGGGUCUGAUCCCUAAAAAUAAGGUUAAAUAUUCAAAUUCUUAAAAAAAAAAAGAUGGGGCACCCAUUUGGUAAAAUUCCCAAUUACCAUGAAUGUAACCUAUUCUGCUUAAUUUAAAUUUGCACUUGCCUGAUCAAAACACAUGCUUCAUCUAUAAACCAUAUGUAAACCUAGUGCCAUUACAGGACGUGGUGUUGAAUAUGUCCUUACCACAGCAAAACUGAGAUCCAGAGUGUACAAAAAAAUCUAUAGAUUGACCAGUUUUUUGUUUGGAGGGAAUAAAUUUGCACUUAAAUCUGACUCAACAUCAGGCAACUAUAUACAGUAAUCAAAAUGAGAAAUAAUGCAAAAUCUCUGAGCUGUACAUAUCACCAUAAAGUGCAUAUGACAGGUUGGACAGGUAGGCAUCUUUCUCAGCCAAAUAUGUCAAAAUUGUUUCAUUGACAUGCACAGUCUAUUUUACUAGUUACUGUGAAGUUUAUAUUUAUCUUAACUUCCCCUUUCGGUGGAAAAUAAUGAUGAUGACAUUAACUGUUAUUUAGCAACCACUGUUGUGCACACAGAGGUGUUGCCAAGUUAUGCAGUAAAUUAUAUUUAAUACUUAAACGGAAAUAAAUAAAAACACAGGACCACACAACUUACAAGGUGUCAAUAGGCAGAAAAUAAAAGUGGUUCUUAAGAUGAGACUCGAGGGUCGAGAGAUGUACUGUCGGGCUAAGCCUUUCAAGGCUUUAAAUGAUCAUCUAACACAUACUGAUUUGUUCUUUGCAUGUAUUUGACUGCUAUUUGGAUGAAAUUUCUCAAGUUAUUUCUUCUGUGAGUGCAGAAUAUUCUCUGUAUUGAACUGUGUAUUUUGGGUCCCUUGCGAUUUGUAAUCGUUUAAUUCACUUCAUAUACUCCCAGUUGACUGAUGUAAAACUAUGACAUAUAUACGAACCUGUGUUCCAUCAAGGGAAGUUAAGCGGAAAAACAUGAAAACCUGUCUUAUGCACUUUAGGCCCGAAUACUAUCAAAAUACUUGGCAUGAGCGUCAUUGAUGAAAUCUUACUCACUGUGGGACCUAGUGACCAAACUAACUGCUGUUGGCAUGACAAAAAUAAUAACCUCAUGCUAAAAUGGCAUGUUUCUAAAUUUGAGUCUCAAAUUCAUUUUAUUUGUUUGGUGUGGACUCCAUUGCACUGGAUCUCUUUCCGUUUUAGGUUAUUUAAUAACCUAACUUGUAAAUUUAGUUGGAUUUGAUUAAAAAAAUCCAUAAUGUAAGUAUUUGAAAGUAAGAAGGAAGUCUUUGGAUAUUGGUUUAUAUUUGCCUAUUAAGUAUUUGCACCUUGCUUUUAUUUAUAAAAAAAAACAAUUCAAAUUAUUAUUAUUAUUUUUUUUUAUAAUGUGGAAUGUGUUGAUUUGUAAUAGAUGGUUUCUAAUACUUUUGUAGAUGGCUUGUGAUUGUUUUCUGAAAAAUAAAAAAAUAGAGUAAAAUUGUAUAAA